AUGGCAGGAGCGCUGGAGGAAGCCAAUUCGGGGAUGUCGAACACCUUGAAAGAUCUCUUUUCUGGAGCUGUCGGCGGUGUGGCACAGGUAUUGAUAGGACAACCAUUUGACAUCGUCAAAGUCCGGCUUCAAACAACAACCCAAUACAGAGGCGCGCUAGAUGGCGCCACCCAGAUCCUCAAGAACGAAGGAGCCGCCGCGUUCUACAAAGGCACUCUCACCCCCCUCAUAGGAAUCGGCGCCUGCGUCUCGGUCCAAUUCGGUGCCUUCAACUAUGCGCGCCGAGCCUUUGAAGCCCAGAAUGCUGCUGCUCAGAACAAGACGAUCAACCAGAUCGAAGCUGAGCCGCAGCCGUUGAGUUACGGACAGUACUACGCUGCUGGUGCCUUUGCUGGUGUGGCGAAUACCUUGCUCUCGUCACCCAUCGAACACAUCCGUAUUCGGUUACAGACGCAACCCCAUGGAGCUGGGAAGCUGUAUAGUGGACCCCUGGACUGCAUAUCGAAGCUCUCACGCUCACCGAACGUGGCCAUGGGUCUCUACUGUGGCACUUCCGUGACGCUAAUCAGAGAAGCCCAAGCCUACGGGUUCUGGUUUCUUACCUUCGAGUAUCUAAUGCAAAGUGACGCGAAACGCAACAAGGUCGUACGCAAGGAAAUUCCAACUUGGAAGAUUGCGUUGUAUGGUGGUUUGGCGGGCGAGAUGCUGUGGAUCACGAGUUAUCCUUUUGAUGUCAUCAAGUCGAAGAUGCAGACCGAUGGGUGGGGGGAGAAGCAGAGGUAUAAGAGUAUGCGAGAUGCAUUUGCUCAAACGUGGAAGCAGGAGGGUCUGAUGGGAUUUUGGAGGGGUGUUGGGCCGACGUUAUUGAGGGCACUGCCUGUUAGCGCGGGUACCUUCGCCACUGUGGAGUAUACUAUGCGGUUGAUUUCGUAG